CGGAGGGAUCCCGAGGCGCUACUUUCUCUCUAUAUAAAGCGCGACGCAACUUCGCGACACAUCGGCGAGAGGGCGCGUGGUGCUCUGCUAGUUUUUUGUUGUUGCUUAGUUUGGCACGCAAACUUUAGCCCCCGCCGCUCUAACAAAAGCUUUCCAGCCCGAGGGCUAUUGUUUUUAUUUACUCGAAAGUUGCCGCCCAUCAACACGAGUUUUACACGGCACACGACGAGCAAAUGGCGGCUGUGGUCUCCGGAGCGGUCCCGGGCACCACCGACGGCCCCGAGGAAGGGAGCGCGCGACGCUGCGGAUCUGGCCGAGCGGGAGCGGCCUCUCCCGUGGGGGCAGCGGCGAGGGACGAGCGAGGCGUAGGAGAUGUCGCUGCACCAACCCCCCGCUCCCAUGUUCAAACUCAACAGCAGCAGCCGCAGCAGCAGCCGCCGACGGCCAGCAGGAGGCGCCACCGCCGGCGUCCCUCGAAGAAGAAGCAGCGGCGCUGGCGUCCCUACCUGACGCUCUCGUGGGAGGAGAAGAAGGCGAUGGAGGAGCGUGAGAGCGAGCGCGCAGCCCGAAUGCGCGCCGAGAUGGCGGCCAAGGGGCUUGCAGUGGCCCCGUACAACACCACGCAGUUCCUCAUGGACGAGCACGACCGCGAGGAGCCCGACCUGGAGCCCGCCGGCAGCGACGGCGGCGGCGGCGACAACGACGGCGACGAAGACUCCGAUGAGGGCGACGACGGCGGUGAAGGUGACGACGAGCUGCCGUCUCGGCUGCAGGGCGGCCGAGACGGCUUCCUGCAGCGCGACUUCUCCGAGACGUACGAGCGCUACCACGUGGAGAGCCUGAGCGCCAUGAGCAAGGGCGAGCUGGUGCGCGAGUACCUGGAGCUGGAGAAGUGUCUCUCUCGUCUGGAGGAGGAGAACCUGCGCCUGCGAGAGUGCCUGGGCGAGCGCGGCUGCUGGAGGGGACCUGCCGUGGCGUUGGAGGCGAAGCCCGCGAGCCGACAUCAAGCGCCACUUGCUGCUGCUGCUGCACCAUCAUCGUUGCGUUCCCCUCCAGCUGCGGAAAUUGCUCCCGUUGCAGUCACGCAGCAGCAGCAGCAGCGGGAUGAGCAGAGCACAGAGGGCCCUCCUUGCGCUGCGAGUAGCGGCGGUGGUGUCGAGGACCCUAGCCGUGGCGAAGGCGGCUCACUGGCGAAGUCCCACCACACGCACGCCGGUGGAGCAGGAGAUGCGUUGGGAAAGCAGUUGGUGGUGGACCUGCAGGCCGAGGUGGAGCGGCUGCAGAGGGAGAACGGCCGUCUGGCUCACCAGAACGAACUCUUGCAGCAGCAGCAGCCGCCGCCAGAGGCGAACGUGAUGGAGUGAGACUACUUCCCGUGUUCAGAGAGAGAGUUGGGGCCGGUGGGAGACUGCCGUUGUUGUCCACCUUCGUUGGAGUUUCAUUUGUCCGUUUCGCCACCACCACCACCCCCCCCAGCCUACACUACUACUGCCGGCAUUCUGAUGCCGGUGACAGCGCGCCGAGCCGCUAUAAUCCUUGGCUCGGCCUCUUAUUGGAUUGUAAAGAAGCCCGGUUUGGCCAGAGGCUGGCUCUAAAAUAAACGCGGCCCCCUGGACUCGGCCAAGUUUAAUAGUCGUCUUUUAUUCGAGUAAAAAAACACACGCAUUUUUAGUUUCUGACCGGGUUUAUCAAUUGGAAAUUUGUGGGCGUUUACAAGCCAACUCGAUAACGUCUCGCGUGCGGAAUUGGCCUCUAAAGUCGUUUUGUAUUCGAGUAUAAAUAUGGUUUGUCCUUGUUCUGCGGCGGUUUUAGAAUUAAUUGUUAAUUGUGUUGUAGUUUAUGGUGUCGUUUUUUCUGAAAGUGUACCCUUUUUUUACGUGACGAUAUAAUUGGGCCAAUUUUGAAUGCCACCAACCGAGCUUAAACUGUUCAGGACCUGAAAUAGUUUUGUUUUUUAAAUGACAUUAAAGUUGGUCUCGAUUCGAAAUUGUUGUAAAUAGUACAAUUGCUGGGCGUUUGUGACUCUUAAUUCUGGCUGUGUACUCUGUACAGUAAAUGAAUUUACAGAUAUUUCAUAUUUUGCUUUAAACAAAUAUUUUUGUAAUAUAUAAGCGACCGAGUCUUGCUCACAUCGUGUUUUAGAAUGUGAAUGAAACUUUUAAAUCUUGUGCGAUUUCUGCAUUUAAUGCCGCUAAAUUAGAUUUUAAUGCGAUGGGUAAUUUCGUUGCCAAUUUGUCCAAUGUAACAUUUUAUCUGUACACGUAUGCAGGACGAUGUUUACUCAACUGUUCUCAAGAUACAACAAAACCAGCAAACUUGCAAUUGGCUUUUUAACUUAAUAAAAGUGGGUGCAUUUUGA